CAUGGCAGUGAAUAUGGCUGUAUCGCGUAUAAAGCGCGAAUUUAAGGAAGUUAUGCGCAGCGAAGAGAUUGUCCAGUGUUCGAUAAAAAUUGAAUUGAUCAAUGACAGUUGGACUGAAUUGCGUGGAGAAAUAGCUGGUCCACCAGAUACACCCUAUGAAGGUGGCAAAUUUGUUUUGGAAAUUAAAGUUCCCGAAACAUAUCCCUUUAAUCCCCCAAAAGUUCGUUUUAUAACAAAAAUUUGGCAUCCAAAUAUCUCAUCAGUUACCGGAGCCAUUUGUUUGGAUAUUUUAAAAGAUAAUUGGGCUGCUGCUAUGACAUUACGUACCGUACUGCUGUCAUUACAGGCUCUAUUGGCUGCUGCCGAACCAGAUGAUCCACAAGAUGCUGUCGUUGCUUAUCAAUAUAAGGAUAAAUAUCAGCUGUUUGUUAUGACAGCUAGACACUGGACAAAUGUAUAUGCUGGAGGCCCCCACAAAUAUCCCGACUGUGAUGCUAAAAUUCAACGCUUGAAGGAUAUGGGCAUCGAUGAACAUGAUGCACGUGCCGUAUUGUCAAAAGAGAAUUGGGAUUUGGAAAAAGCGACUGAAAGUCUAUUUAGUUAGCUUAAUUUCUAUGAAUUGUGUAAGACAACAA